CUCUCAUCCAGCCCUCAAGGACUUUUGCAACAUACAACCACCAAAAAAAAUCUCAACAUCUUAAUUACCAACCUAAUCAAAAUGCGAUCCUUCACCGUCGCCGCCGCCAUCAUCGGUGCUGCUGCCGCCAACCCUGUCGAGUAUGGAUAUCACCCCAUUGUUCCAACCGGCUACUCACAGGUUCCUCCCCCUUCUUCUUCGCAAUCCUCCAGCAUCUACACCCCGAUCCCAUCGUCAAGUGCUAGCUCCUACACCCCGGUUUCACCCCCGUCUUCGUCCUCGAGCCAGAGCACCUACUCCCCUCUCCCCACCGGUUACUCUUCCGUCAAGCCUCCAUCCAGCAGCAGCUCGUCUCUCCCGACUGGCUAUUCUUCUAUCAAGCCUCCGUCCAGCGGCAGCAGCAGCUACUACUCGUCCCUGCCCACAGGUUACUCUUCCGUGAAGCCUCCACCAACUGGCUACUCCUCUGUGAAGCCUCCUCCUGGCGGCAGCUCGUCUCUCCCCAAUGGUUAUUCUUCUGUCAAGCCCCCACCCACUGGCUACUCAACAGGCGUGAGCCCACCUCCUACCACUACCUACGUGACUACAACUAUCUGUCCUAUCACUACGACUUCUGGUACUUCAGUCAUCACCACCUUGACGACAAGCACCAUCACGGUCACUUCCUGCAAGGGUGGAUGCCACCAGCAGCCAACUUCCAAGCCCACCCCGACUGGAAACCCCACCACGGAGACCCAGACCCUCACCACCACCACCUAUAAGUGGGUACCUUGCUCAACUUCGGUCGGUAGCAACGAUAACUCUGUGAUCUACUCGACUUACCUCACACCUACCUACUAUGCCACGACUUACACCACCACCGCAGUCACCUACCCUACUGUUGCUCCUCAACCCCAGCCUCCCGUCGUCACUCCUGUAGCCCCCGUCCCUAGCAGCCCUGCUGGUCCUGCUGGCCCCGCCUCGUGCCCAGCCGGUGGUGCAACCCAGACCGUUACUGUCACUGUCAGCGCUCAACCCUGCAAGCAAUGCGAGACCAAGACCUACACCAUCACCAACGGUGGCGUCCCAACCAGCUUCACUGUUACCGUAACCCCCACUUCCACUCCUGGCUCUAAGCCCACUGGAGGAUCUGACUCCGGUUCGAAGCCCAGCGGAACUGGAAGCGGACCUAGCUCCGGCUAUGCUCUGCCCACUGGCACCGGUGGUAUCUACUACCCCACCAGCAAGCCUUCCAACCCCAUCUACAGCACUGGAAACGUUGGUCCCAAGCCUACUACUGCCUAUGGAUACAUCCACUGGUAAACGGUAGACCCACGUCCUUCAAGAUUGUUAGAUGGGAUGUCUAGACUUGGCGUUUUAUGGAUCGUUUUUCUUCUUCAUUGUGCAUAUUUUCUGCGAGGACAUUUAGCGGGCAUUGGCAUCUUUCCCUUUUCAUUGGAUGUUACGGAUUUACGAACAUCAUUCACUCCUUCGGGCCAUUGCAUAGCCGCGGCGUUUUCCAUGGGGGGUUUUAGCCAUCUGCUACCCCCUUUCUCUGUAUUUCAGGGCAUACAUAUCAUCAUUCGAUGUAUAUGAGAUUGAUAGUCUAAUUGUUUAAUGUUGCUGGUGUUUAUAGAUGAUGUGCUUAUAAAAAACAAAACUACAAAAAAUAAAACAACCCACACGCUCCUUACUAGUCUUGUCCGUUCUCCCAAGUGAUAUGCAAACUUUCUCUAGUUCAUUUCUCGUUGUAUGACGCCGAAAGCUACC